AGGAGCCCGAGAGGGAGGCCCUGCUUCGGGCUCCUGCCUCAGUCGCCGGGCAGCAAGAUGGCGCUGCGGCCGGGCCAGGGAGCCGGCGGCGGCGGUUCCCUCAGCACCUCCUCGGCCGCCGCCGCCGCUCCUCUGCCGGGCACCGCCGGGCCGCCUCCGGGAGCAGCAGGUGGCGCCGGAGGAAGCCCCGGGCCUGCCAGCUUCAUGUUUCCUGUUGCGGGUGGUCUUGGUCCUCAGGGUAUGAUUCCCAUGCAACAGCAAGGCUUCUCGAUGGUGUCGGUCAUGCAGCCCAACAUGCAGGGCAUGAUUGGAAUGAAUUACGGCUCUCAGAUGCCUCCUGGAACAAUGACCAUGCAGGGUGGCAUGAAUCUGGGCCCGAUGCCAGCGGCUGGGAUGUCAUACAUGGGGCAGGCUCCCUUCUUAGGAAUGCGCCCAGCAGCUCCUCAGUACACCCAGGACAUGCGGAAGCAGUUUGUGGAAGAGCAACAGAAACGAUAUGAACACCAGCAAAAGUUUUUCGAAGAGGAAAGAAAAAGGCGCCAGUUUGAAGAGCAGAAACAAAAGCUACGGCUUUUAAGCAGCGUGAAGCCAAAGAUGGGUGAGAAGAGCAGAGACGAUGCACUGGAAGCUAUUAAAGGGAACCUGGAUGGGUUUUCCAGAGAUGCGAAGCUGCACCCCACGCCGACAUCACAUCCAAAAAACUCAGAUCAUCCCACGCCAUCCCAUUCUACUGUGUCUGUCUCCCAAACCUCUGCCUUUCUUGACGAUGACGAGUUUAGUGACUUUAUACAGGGGCCUGUCGAAAACGCCCCGACAUUCGUGCCUCCCACCUCUUCCCAGCCUUUUCAGUCUUGCCAUCCUUCCUCCCAGGCUGGGCAACGGCUUUCAGAGAAGGUUGUGGCCCAGUCUCUCCCUCCAGCCCAGAUUCCAGUGUCCUCCAUCUUUCAUGGCCCCAGGGGGCAGGUUCCUUAUUUCUCUGCUUCUCCAGCUUCACAAAACACUCAGAAAACAGGCCCUCCCUUGGAAGAGAAGCCCCUGCCACCCUGUGGGUUGAGUGAAUUUGGGCAGGCACAAACCCAACUUAAAACUCCUGAUGCUGAGCUCAGUGCCGCAGCUGCAGCUGCAAACGGCCCUGAUCCCAGGUUAGGGGCCAGUAACUGGCAGCCUGUAGGGGCGCUCCCGAGCGGCAGCCCCAGUUCAAAGGCAAACAAGGCUUCAGAACAAAACCUGUCAGCCCAAGAGCGUGGUGUCGGAGUCUUCCCUUCCCAGGAUCCAAUCCAGCAACUGAUGCCUCCCUGGAUUUACAAUGAUAAUUUAGUUCCAGAUCUGUACAAGAAAAUUCUAGAAACCACUAUGACGCCCACUGGAAUAGACACUGGCAAACUUUAUCCCAUCCUGAUGUCAUCUGGACUUCCGAGGGAGACACUUGGGCAAAUAUGGGCCUUGGCCAACCGCACCACUCCUGGGAAGCUUACGAAAGAAGAGCUGUAUACCGUUCUGGCGAUGAUAGCCGUAACUCAGAGGGGCCUUCCGGCUAUGAGCCCCGACGGUUUGAACCAGUUCCCCUCUGCCCCGCUCCCUACACUGAGUGGGCUCCCGAUGGCAAUCCCUGUCACGGUGAGCCAGCAGCCGAUGAUGCCGCCGGGGCCUCCCGUCUCCAUGCCUCUUAGUAUGGCGCCCACCGUGGUGGGGAUCAACAUGGCUGCACCAGUGGCGGGACCUUCAGCGCCGGCACCCAGCGGGUUCAUGCCGUCUUACCCCCAAGCCAGGUCAGCAGCCAAACAGGAUGACGACGACUUCCAAGAUUUCCAGGACGCUUCUAAGUCUGGGGGGCUUGAUGACACCUUUACAGAUUUCCAGGGAGAAGUAUCUGGAUCAAGCAAGGCGUGUGCUGCACAGCAGCAGAGCAGCGCCCCUCCGAUGCUGAUCCCGCUCUCCGGCGCGAAGGUGCCGCCCGCUGUGGAUAAGUACGCCGUUUUCAAAGGGAUUGCCACCGACAAGGCUACAGAAAGCACAGCUUCACUUGGAGAUUAUGGAGACAAGUACAGUGCUUUCCGAGUGCUGGAGCAGCAGCCUGAGAGUAAGCCCUUAGGAGACAGCUUUGCAGAGUUCAAGUCUGCCGGAGCAGAUGACGGCUUCACGGAUUUCAAAACCGCCGACAGCAUCUCUCCGCUAGACCCGCCGAUGAAAGACAAACCUUUCUCUCCGCCUUUCCCUUCUCUACCUGCACAGUCAAAGCCACCGCCGCAAGGAAAGCCUUCUCUGAACCUGGCGGACCUCGAUCUGUUUUCCUUGGCCCCUGCCGGCGAGAACAGACCUCUUCCCUUUCCGCCCGCCUACAACUCGCCCCAGCAGCCGUCUUUCCCUGCACCACCACCUCCGGCUUCUGCCGCUCCUGCGACUCUGCCGGCACCUGGCAACAGCUCGAUCCUGCCCGACGACUUUGCCGACUUCAAUCUCUUUGCGGGGUUGUCGAAUUGUACCUCAGCCGCCACUCAGGAUGAAUUUGCAGACUUCAUGGCUUUCAAUAACAGCGUCGGCUCUUCACUCAAGCAAGAGGCCAGCCCCAUUCCUCCCGCUGGCUCCUUGGCCAACACUCUGAAGAGCGGUCAGAGCUCGGCCCCCGCCUCCACCAAAUACAACAUCUUCAAACAGCUGUCUCUGGACGGCCCUGGCAUAGGCUUUGAAGAACUGAAAGACCACACCCCUUCGUCCGUGAAAAGCGAGGACGACUUUGCCGACUUCCACUCGAACAAGUUUUCCUCCAGUUCCGAGAAAUCCCUGGUUGACAAACUGGCAGCUUUCAAGCAUGCGAAAGAGGACUCUGCUUCGGUCAAGUCUCUGGACCUCCCGUCCAUCGGGGGCAGCAGCGUGGGCAAGGAAGACUCUGAAGAUGCGCUCUCUGUCCAGUUUGACAUGAAGCUGGCGGACGUGGGAGGAGACCUUAAGCAUGUCAUGUCUGAUAGCUCUUUGGAUUUGCCAACCGUUAGUGGUCAGCAUCCGCCAGCCGCAGAUCUUGAUGACUUGAAAGGGACCACCUUUGGAAGCUUCAGCAACGGCUCCACUCUGGGUGGCUUCCCAAGCUAUGAUUGGUCUGACAAAGACGACGCCUACCAAAGCAGGAAGUCCCUCCCCUUCCCCUUUCCUCCAGGAAGUGGCUCCUCCUUGGCCACCUCCAUCCUCCAGAAGAAAGAGACUCUGUUUGGCAGCUCGGAGAACAUCACCUUGACCACUGUUUCCAAAGUCACCACCUUUGCAAGUGAGGAUGCUCUCCAGGACGUGAAGUUCUCACCUUUUGCUAACUUCAAAGAACCUGACCCUCAGUCUGCGGACCAGAGUGACGAUGAUGUUGAAGGCUUUGGGGAGUUUGCAAGGCCUUUGGCAGAGACAGCUGGAAGCCCAGCUGUAGGCACGCCCCAAGAGGCUGACUCAGCUGGCCUGUCCGUAGAAGCAGCCAAAGAAGGCACCGACGACUUUGGAGAGUUUCAGAGCGAGAAGCCCAAAAUCAGCAAAUUUGACUUCUUACUGGCAACUUCCCAAGGGAAGGUGAAAUCGAGUGAAGAAAUGAUCAAGAGUGAGCUUGCAACGUUCGACCUCUCUGUUCAAGGAUCUCACAAACGGAGCCUGAGUUUGGGCGACAGAGAGAUCAGCCGCUCCUCACCUUUGCCACCUCCGGAGCAGCCGUUUCGAGAUCGGUCCAAUACCCUCAGUGAGAAGCCAGCCCUGCCCGUCAUCCGAGACAAGUACAAAGAUCUCACGGGGGAAGUGGAGGAAAGUGAGAGAUAUGCCUAUGAAUGGCAGAGAUGUUUAGAAAGUGCCCUCCAGGUCAUCAAGAAGGCAAAUGACACCCUGAAUGGAAUCAGCAGCUCCUCUGUCUGCACCGAAGUGAUCCACUCUGCGCAAGGCAUGGAGUACUUAUUAGGGGUCGUUGAGGUUUAUAGAGUCACCAAACGGGUAGAGCUGGGCAUCAAAGCCACAGCCGUCUGUAGCGAGAAGCUCCAGCUACUACUGAAGGACAUUGACAAAGUGUGGAACAACCUGAUCAGUUUCAUGUCACUUGCUGCUUUAACGCCUGACGAAAACUCACUCGAUUUUUCCUCCUGUAUGCUUCGCCCAGGAAUCAAAAAUGCCCAAGAACUGGCUUGUGGGGUGUGCCUCUUGAAUGUAAAUUCUCGAAGCAAAAAAGAAGAGAAGCCUCCGGAGGAACCUCCUAGAGAAGCCUUUAACUCGGAAACGGACAAUUUCAAACUUGCUUACGGAGGGCACCAGUAUCACGCCAGCUGCGCCAACUUCUGGAUCAACUGCGUUGAGCCCAAACCCCCGGGCCUCAUUUUGCCUGACCUACUUUAA